AACGGCAGCGGACCGGGAGGCGAAUCCGGCGUGAGGGGCAACGGGCAUCCUGGAGACAAUCCUUUCUACAGCAAUAUCGACAGCAUGCCGGACAUAAGGCCGCGCCGAAAGUCGGUGCCAUUGGUCUCCGAGCUGGUCUUGAAGACAAUGGCGGCGACGAAGAGGAACGCGGCGGGUCUGACGGCGGCGGUGCCCAGAGAAACAUUGAACAACGAGGAUCUGAAGAUGCACGUGUACAAGAAAACGCUGCAGGCAAUGAUCUACCCGAUCUCCUCGACGACGCCGCACAAGUUCGUCACCUGGACAGCCACGUCGCCGACCUACUGCUACGAGUGCGAGGGACUUCUCUGGGGCAUCGCGAGACAGGGGGUCCGGUGCACGGAGUGCGGUGUCAAGUGCCACGAAAAGUGCAAGGAUCUGCUCAACGCCGACUGUCUGCAGAGGGCGGCUGAGAAGAGUUCGAAACACGGGGCCGAGGAUAAGGCGAACAGCAUAAUCACAGCCAUGAAGGAACGAAUGAAGCAGAGGGAGCUCGAGAAACCUGAGAUCUUCGAGCUGAUCCGCACGACGUUUUCAGUCGACCCGGACACGCACAUAGACAGCCUCGAGCAGGCCGAACAGAUCGUCCUUGAGGGUACCAGCAAGUGGUCCUGCAAGAUCGCCAUCACAGUGAAAUGCGCCCAGGGACUGAUCGCCAAAGACAAGAGCGGCACGUCUGAUCCUUACGUGACGGUCCAAGUCGGGAAAGUGAAGAAGCGCACCAGAACGAUGCCAAGAGAAUUGAAUCCGGUUUGGCACGAGAAGUUCUACUUCGAGUGCCAUAACUCAUCCGACAGAAUAAAAGUGAGAGUGUGGGACGAGGACAACGAUCUGAAGUCGAAGCUGCGGCAGAAACUGACGAGGGAAAGCGACGACUUCCUCGGGCAGACCAUCAUCGAGGUGAGAACGCUCAGCGGCGAGAUGGAUGUCUGGUACAAUCUGGAGAAGAGAACGGACAAGAGCGCGGUGUCCGGCGCGAUUAGGCUCCACAUCAGCGUCGAGAUCAAAGGAGAAGAGAAGGUCGCACCUUAUCACACCCAGUACACCUGCCUACACGAAAACCUCUUCCAUAGCCUGUGCGAGAAGAACUGUGGCGUCGUGGCACUGCCUCAAGCGAAGGGUGACGACGCUUGGAAGGUGUACUUCGAUCCACUCGGAGAAGAACUUGUCGACGAGUUUGCUAUGCGAUACGGUAUCGAGAGUAUCUACCAAGCAAUGACGCAUUUCCACUGCCUUUCGACGAAGUACCUCUGUCCAGGUGUGCCAGCGGUAAUGUCGACCCUUUUGGCGAACAUAAACGCAUACUACGCCCAUACCAGCGCGAGUUCCGCUGUUUCAGCUAGUGAUAGAUUCGCCGCCAGUAACUUCGGGAAAGAGAAGUUCGUGAAAUUACUGGAUCAGUUGCACAAUUCCCUGCGAAUCGACCUGUCGAUGUACAGAAACAACUUCCCGGCGUCGAGUCAAGAGAAGCUGAUGGAUCUGAAGAGCACGGUUGACCUGUUGACCAGCAUCACGUUCUUCCGGAUGAAGGUCCAGGAAUUGUCGAGCCCGCCGAGGGCGAGCACCGUGGUCAAGGACUGCGUGAAGGCUUGCCUACGGUCGACGUACCAGUUCCUCUUCGAGAACUGCUACGACAUCUACAACAGAGAGUUCCAGGCGGAUCCGAGCGAGCCGAAGAGGGACGCGGAGGACCACGGGCCCCGGCUCGAGUCCCUCGACUUCUGGCACAAGCUGAUCGCCUUGAUCGUCUCGGUGAUCGAAGAGGACAAGAACAGCUACGCGCCGGUCCUGAAUCAAUUCCCACAGGAGUUGAAUAUUGGUCAACUGUCAGCGGCCACUAUGUGGUCAUUGUUCGCGGUGGACAUGAAGUACGCGCUGGAGGAGCACGAGCAGCACAGGCUCUGCAAGUCCUCGGCCUACAUGAACCUUCACUUCAAGGUCAAGUGGUUGUACACCAACUACGUGAAAGAUGUGCCGACGCUCAAGGCAGCCGUGCCGGAAUACCCGGCGUGGUUCGAGCCGUUCGUGAUGCAAUGGCUGAACGAGAACGAUGACGUCUCAUUAGAAUAUCUCCAUGGUGCCUUCAACAGAGACAAGAAGGAUGGAUUCCAAAAGAGCAGCGAGCACGCGCUGUUCAGCGUCUCCGUCGUCGACGUCUUCACGCAGUUAACCCAAUGCUUCGACGUAGUAUCGAAACUAGAGUGUCCGGACCCAGAGAUUUGGAAGAGGUACAUGAAGAGGUUCGCGAAGACCAUCGUGAAAGUGUUGGUCGCGUACGCUGACAUCGUGAAGAACGAGUUCCCGAGUCAUCUGAAAGAAGAACGAAUCGCGUGUAUCCUGAUGAACAACAUCCAGCAACUUCGAGUACAAUUGGAGAAGAUGUUCGAGUCGAUGGGCGGCGAGAAGCUGGAGGAAGACGCGGCGAACAUCUUGAAGGAGCUUCAACAACAACUGAACGGAUCGCUCGACGACCUGGCGAUGCUGUUCGCGAAGAGCCUGGAGCCGAGGAUAACGGCCUCGGUGAAAGAGCUAGGGGACUUGUUACUAGCCAUCAAGGGCGGCGGGCAAGUGCAAUUGUCGCAGCCAGCGCAGAGGAACAACGUCGCGGUGGAAGCGGAUGAAGUGCUGCGACCGUUGAUGGUUCUUCUCGACGGAAGUCUGUCGUUGUACGCCCAAUCUUGCGAAAAGACUGUGCUGAAGAGGCUGCUCAAGGAACUCUGGAAGAUCGUCAUGAGAAUAUUGGAGAAGACGGUCGUGCUGCCGCCCAUGUCUGACAAGAGCAUGAUGUUCAAGAAUCUGACGGACAACGCCAAGAAUCUGGCUGCGAACGCUAAGAUAGAGGACAUGUCGAAGCUGUUCAAGAACCAUAUGGUCAGCAAACCGGAUAUGAAGAACGCUCUCAGCGGUGUAAUGGAUAUAUCCAAGGAAGUAGAAAAGAAUUUGUCACCGAAACAGUGCGCUGUACUCGAGGUCGCACUCGACACGAUCAAGCAGUACUUCCAUGCAGGUGGAAACGGUUUGAAGAAAACGUUCUUGGAGAAGUCGCCGGAGUUGCAGAGCUUGCGGUACGCUCUUAGCUUGUACACGCAAACAACGGACACCCUCAUCAAGACUUUCGUAACGUCGCAAGUUAAUCAAGUGCCGCUGAACAAUGCGUCAAAGCUACGUCAGCGUCAGCGUUCGAUGAGCAGCGAGAGAGGCGGUGACGAAGGGGAAGGCGCCGAGGGUAUGGAAAGCCUCGAGGAACCCCUUCGCCAGAACAAGCCCUCUCUUCGCCGAGAGAGUCGACAAGUUCCAGAUACCGCCGGUUCGGACGAAGGUUCCGUGGGCGAAGUCAGCAUCCAAGUGGAUCUAUUCACGCAUCCCGGAACCGGCGAACAGAAGGUCACCGUGAAAGUUGUCGCUGCGAACGAUUUGAAGUGGCAGCUCGCCACGGGCAUGUUCAGGCCGUACGUCGAGGUGAACCUAAUCGGACCGCACCUGACUGGAAAGAAGAGGAAACAGUCGACGAAGUCGAAGAGCAAUAACUGGUCGCCGCAAUUCAACGAGAGCUUCGAUUUCAUGAUCGGCAACGAGCAACAGCAGCUGGACUUCUACGAGCUGCACAUCUGCGUGAAGGACUACUGUUUCGCCAGAGAGGACAGGCUGGUCGGUGUCGCGGUGAUGCAGCUGAAGGACAUCGUCGAGGAGGGUUCGUGCGCCUGCUGGCUGUCGCUCGGCAAACGUAUACAGAUGGACGAGACGGGCUGGACGAUCCUGAGGAUCCUGUCGCAGAGGAACAACGACGAGAUCGCGAAGGAGUUCGUGAAGCUGAAGAGCGACAUCAGGCAAGAGACGCCGCUGCCGAACCCCACCUGAAGCUCGGACACCCAAUGCUAAAGCCGACAGCGAAGCGAUGCGUCCUUCGAGUUUGGAAAGAGCUCGGAGGUGUGAAGGAGGGAGCAUUUGUCCACGGGAGGGAGGACGAGAAGCGUUCGGCCGUCGUUGUCGAGACCAUCGAGAUCGGGAAUCGUCGUUGUCGUCGUGUCGACGAGCAACAAACGGGAGAACAGCAACACGCAAUCGAGAACAACACAGCGCGGUACACAGAGGCACGCGUGCGUGCGCGCGCGCGAGGAGAAGCAAACGGAUUCGCCGAUGAGAGGGUGAAAAAGCCGCGAAAACAGCGACUCGAUCAGCGGGGGAGACAUCUUCCUUCCGAUAUCCCGCGCAGCCAGCUUCCGGUCGAGCGUGUUCUUCUCUCUUUUUUUUACGAAUCACAGAGCUUUAGUCCCGUCCCUAAGUAAAAAAAAUAAAUAAACAAAAAAAAACAUACAAACAAAAGAAUCGAUCGUAACAGAGAGGACAACGGAUCCUUCCGGAGGACCGUUCUCCGACGGAUAAUAUCGUAUAAACGCGCUGAAUAUCAGGUACCGAGUCGCAAACGUUCGUCCAUUGGGUAAACAAACACGGGAUACAAAAGAGAGGGUACUUUCGACGGCGGUUCAAAGCGACAGGAUGCGAGUUAAGAAGCCCAGGAUUGGUGAACACGGAGUAACACACCGGACUCUUAAUCGAUUAAGUGCCGCGAAGAUGGAGAAUACGACGCCUCAGGUAUUGGAGAGUGUUCCGUAUAGACGCGAAACGUGAAAACAGUGCUGCCAGUACGCAAUAUAGUUGGUAAUAUUCGUAAUGUAAGGAGGGGAGGAGAACGAGGAGACGAAAGUGGAGAUGGAGGAGGAGGAGGAGGAGGAGGAAGAGGGGUGGGAGUUGGAGAGUCGAACGAUAGGCAUAAAAAUGCGUCGAACGCGAUCAUACCUCGACGUCCACGGAUUCCCAAAUGAAACGUCAGCCGCGUCCGACGUUCGACGAUCACGAAGAGUGGAAGAGGAUCGUAGGUUUUCGGGGUCCGAGAUAGCGGGAACGGCGAGCGAACCGACGCAAAAAAUAAGAAACGGGACGCGACGCGACAUCGGGGUCGCGUUCCGGACAAUGGGAGCGGGAAAAUCGCGCCGCAGCAACGAGGCGAAUGUAAAACGCAUAAUAAUUAAAAAUCUAGACCCUCGUGCGAGACGACGUUUUAGGCCGUUUGUUCGGGAAGACGAGUUUACUUGUAGAUAAACACGUGAGAAACACAUUGUUGACGAAGAAGUUUUUUCUAAUAACAAGUUUAAACGUAGCAUUGCGUACGACCAAUAGGCGCGCCGCGACGUCACUCGCGGCGGGCCGUUAGUAAUAAAUAGGCAUUGUAAUGUAAAAUACGUUCUUAUCGUAAGGAUUUAACAAGAGAUCGUAAGAGUCUGAUUGCUGUGGUGAAUGGCGAGCGAGGUCCGUUCGAACGCUUCGAGCACGCUCCUCGAAUCAUCCCCGGUCCCGACUCGAUCGCCUCUCACGCGAGAUACGAAGCAACAGAGAAACCGAACGAACACACACGCACACAUACACGUACACGUACACAUCGCUCCACCCGGUUCACCCUCGAUUCCCCGAUCGACGUACAACAUUCUGUACAGAUUUAGUCGCGAAGCGCGGAGAGCUGCGGCGCUCGAUCGACGCCAGGGACCGUGUCCCCGAAUCAUCGACCAGAACUUUUUCGAAAUUAAACUUUAUAUCGUUGUAGCUCUAUAGUACUUAAAUAUUCAUAAUAACUUCGACACUCUCCCGACGACCAUUGCUUUUUGUGUGAGCCAAAUAUAUACACGAGGAGGUGGAACGCAAGCUUCGAAAACAAAAAAAAUAACGACGAACGUUAAUACUUCUCUGUCUAUUCGCUUGAUAUCUCAUCGAUAUUACUCUUGUAUAUAGAUCGAGGGUCAUCGUUUCGCGGACAGAGUUCGUUGGGCCACGAUCGAGUCCGCGCGGCUCUCGUACAGGAACCCGGGAGCCCCGGGAGUCGCGGAUAAAGGGAGUCGAGGGUGAACGCGCAGAAUGGUCCCCGAAAUAUCCGUCACAGCGCGGACAGUCCAACAGGAUUCGACGGGCUCCGGCGACGCAACGUUCGUCGCUGUCCUUGCUUCCGAAGCUUCGACCGGAUCUCCAGAGAAAACUAUCGAAAACUAGAAAAAAGAGGAAACUAAUAAUAACACAAUGAUGCACGCGACUUUGAACCUAAUGAAUUUCAUUCACCGGCCCUCGCGGCCCGGCCAGAUAUACAAUUCCAGAGAUUACAUGAUUAUAUCCAAAAAAGUUUCUACUACGUAGUACGUCUAGAUAUACUUACGUAUUGUGUAUAGUGUCUAAACGCUGAUCUAGCUGCGAGCGCGGGAUUUUCGUUUGGAGAGGAACAGCGGGAGAGCGUAAAAGAUUCGGAGAGGAAGAGUGUUUAAAAAAAAAAGGAAGCGAGAGAGAGCGAGAGAGAGAGAGGGAGAGAAAGAUAGAGCCACCCACAGGGAAACAGCGUUCGGCCAUCUUAGAUAGACAAGGUGCUUUCCACAUCCGGAUGCGUGGAUCUACACGCGACACAGGUCAGGCGCAGGACUUUCGCGUAGUACGAUUUCAUUUACGCUCGCGUAAUUAUCCCCGUGUUGUACGACGCGCACACUUUUUCGAAAUUCUCUCUAAAAACACGUAAAACCUCCCCCCACCCCGAGUAUCAUGCGUCCCUCUGCGCCCUCAUCAUGGAAUAUCGUAGAACAGAAUAGAGACACCAAAAGGGUUUUUAACUUCUUUCGUUCGUGAAAACGCGUCUAGCGCGACACUCCUCGACGCAGUUAGAGAAUCCUUAGAUCUAAAAAAGAAAAAAGUGCCCAGAUCUGUGCCGUUCGAAAUUCGCUCGAAACGUGUUCCGGCUCGGUUCGUCGUCGACGCCCGUGGAACGUCGUCGGUCCGCGGGGCGCGGUGACCGAGGCGGGACGCGGUUCUCCGAGCUCGGGGCCAUUCACGCGUUGCCAAGAGGAAACAACAACAGCCGUCACCGACGUAAACGAAUAAGAAAAAUGGAACAACCGGGCUGAAAGGGAAUGGUAGAUGAAAGAAAGGAAGAAGAGGAAGGGAAGAGAGAAAGAAAGAAAGAUACACGGGUCCGCGAUCUCGCCAUCAUAUUCAUUUGUAAAAGUGUCUAUUUUCUCCGCUGCCUAAGUACAUACUAAUUACGAAGAGAAAGGUCCGGCGAAUUCGGCGCCCAGAACCAAGUCCGUCGACGAAAUGGAAACGGCCUUUUAUGUUUCACGCUGGUAGCGUCGAAUUUCCAGGUCACUCGGCAAUUGCGCCUCGUAGACGGGGUUGACCGCCAUUUUUUCCUCCUACUCUCCGCUUCGAUUAAUAUCUCGUAAGCUUAAUGAAAAAAAAAAAUAUCUCGUGUAUUCUGUGAUAAUUACCCCUUAAAGUACACAACACAAUGAACAUGCAUACGUACACACGUACACGCACGCACACAAUUCAAUACAUACAUACAAACAUACACACACGUACACGUGUUUCACGUACAUUCGCAUCACGCAACGUGGGAAGAGGAACAUUUACGAGGGACAUUCGCAUUUCUUGCAGGACUAAAACGUGUGUCGGAACGACAAAAUCCGAGACAAAAGUAUACACGACCGGAAACAAAAAAAACACGCUCGGGGAAAAACAGAACAGAAAUAUACCUUGUUAUACGGUGGAAAAUCGCUCAUACAAACCGACACACCGAACAAAACGCAUGUACGUGAUCACACCGAUCCCAAUAGCAACAGUAUUUUUCUCUUUUAAAAGACAUUUCGAUUUCUAUUCUCUAUACUCGUUAAACGUCCGAAGAGUCUCGUCGGUGUGUGAUAAAAACGUGCGAACGACUCCGCUGAAACGGUCGUCGCGAUGGUGCGCCGAAAUCACGGUGUUCGCGACCAACGGCCGCGUACGGUGAUCGAACGAGGACAGUAUGGUUGUACCGAUACGAAACGGGGAAGCAAAAGUGCAUUCGCGCGGGCAACGAAUCCACGGGUAGACGAAGAGGAUCUAGGCGAGCCACGAGGGAUUUGAGAGAACGACGAAGCGUCCGUCGCUGUGUCGAUUGAAAGUAAAUUAUUUCGCCCAAAUUCAUGCAGAGUCGCAUCGGUUCACGCGUGGUCACGCGAUCGUACAAAACAAAACCAAAGGAACAUGGGGGAUACCUCUUGUCGUAGCAAACUUUAUCAUUUAACACGGAAACGUUGCUCGGAACAAUAUUUUUACAUUGAGAUUUAACCCCGGACGGGACCCGCGCCUGCUUUCGUUCUUGUUUAAAGUCCUGGAACGUCGCGAACUAUAAUUUCGAGGGUGGUUGCGUCGUCGACGUUAAUAUCGCGUGCGCGUGUCUAGAGGUUUUAACGGUAAUGCGACAGCUUUCGGUCGAUACGUUUCGCAGUUUCGGGUGUUUCUUUCUUUUUCAAUUGGAGGACGGUACGGUCCCCGAAGGGUUAAACGCGCCGACAAUGAUCAUCGUUAGUUCACGAUCGACGAAGCAUGCCCACGGAUCAUUCGAGUACACGUCCGAAACGGUAGAACGCAUCUUCCUAAAAUCGCAUAUCCAUUGGUCUCGUUGCACGAAUCGAUCCAUUGUUCUCCAAAAAGCACCGAAUUUCCAUGAAGAACAAAAGCAAGGCGCGUACAGUGAAAUAGGGUCAAGCGUUGGGGUUGUUUUUGUUCGACGAGAGCGCGGGCUGUCACCGCGAGCUUUUGCGUCCGGCACGCCGACACGAGCGCAGAACCAAAGAAAAGGGUGAAAUUCCGAGCGUUGGAUAUAUUGUACAUCGCAGCUGUGUCGGAGAGGGAGCACGAAACCGGAGAAACGAUUUAACAAAGAUAUAGAAAAAGAAGGAAGGAUGAGAAUAGAAAAGGAACGAACGAGCGACGCGAAAGAGAACGAGCGAAACAAGGCGAGGAGGGAAAACGAAGGACAAAUAUAUACACAACCGUUGACAAUACUAUGCUUGAAGAAUCGUACGACGCGUAUAUAAUGUACCUAACAAAUAUAUUAAAAGGAAAAAAAAAAUAUGACGGAAUGUUUGUGUUUCGUAAGUAAAAAAAAAAAAAGCAUAUUAAGAAGUACAUUUGUAAUCAUGCGACGAAGAAACACAUUUGCAGCAAAAGGAGAGAAAAAAAAAGAACAAACAAUAAAACUAAAAAAGGAUCGCGUAAUUCUGUGCGUACAUAUGCGGAUGACUGCGUGUUUACUAGGUAAUUAUAAAUCGUAACGAGUGAGGAGUACAUUUUCGUCAUCCACACGGAAACAGUGUGUGCCACCGUUGUUAUCAAAAUUUUUCACGCGUAAACAAACCAGCGAACGGGGAGUAAACGGGGAGUAAACGGGGAGUAAACAUUAACGGCACAUCGUUGCGCAGCCUCCGAGUAUAGGUGAACCUAACAAAAAUAUAAAAAAAAGCAAUUGUAUCCGAGUCAAACACGCACAUUCAACACAAAAAAAAAGACGGAAUAAUAUCUACGAUACCGAAUACCCAGGUCUUUAUUAAUAAAUGUUUCACUUUCGUUCGUUCA